CUAUGUUUCUGCAUUCAUGAUUUCCUGCAUUGCCAUUUCUACACAAACAACAAACAUACCGGCAUUGAAUCGGUGUUGAUUCUUCCCAGCCAAUGGCUGCGGAUCCCACGCAUUCCGCUCAGAAGCGGAGCUUCACAAUUCUCCCCCAAACUACCUCCGAUGACAGCGACGCCGCCGGCUCCCGCGGCCGCAACCUCCCGAAGGGACGGCGCGGCGAUCGAAAAUUCAGCAACAUCAGAAUAACAAUCAUCUGCGGAUUCGUCACCAUUCUCGUCCUCCGCGGCACAAUCGGCCUCAGCAACCUCGUCUCCCUCGAAGCCGACGCCGAGAGCCGAUACCUAAUCGAAGAAACCAACCGAAUCGUCUCCGCAAUCCGCUCCGACGACGAUCCGACCGAUUCCGACGACGCUUCCUCCCAAAAUUCCCCCAAUUCCAGCUCAACCUUCAAUUUAGGCCCUAAAAUAAAAAAUUGGGACCUAGACAAGAAGCUAUGGCGUCGCCGGAACCCUCAGUUCCCGUACUUCAUCAACGGCCGCCCCAAAAUCUACCUCGUCACCGGCUCGCCGCCGAGCCCGUGCGAGAACUCCAUCGGCGACCACUACCUCCUCAAGUUUCUCAAAAACAAGAUCGACUACUGCAGGAUCCACGGGAUCGAGCUCGUUUACAACACCGCGCAUUUGGAUAAGGAGAUGUCCGGCCACUGGGGGAAACUGCUCCAGAUUCGGCAGCUGAUGGUGGCGCACCCGGAGGCCGAGUGGAUUUGGUGGAUGGACAGCGACGCACUUUUUACGGAUAUGGUCUUCCAGAUACCUUUUCAUAGAUACCGGAGUUCGAAUAUGAUCAUACACGGCUACCCAGACAUGCUCUUUAAAGAGAAGUCGUGGAUAGCCCUAAACACUGGCAGUUUUCUGUUAAGAAACAGCCAGUGGUCAUUGGACUUACUGGACGCCUGGGCCCAAAUGGGGCCCAGAGGCCGGCCUCGUGAGGAGGCUGGAAAAAUCCUAACAAGUAGUCUAAAAGGGCGGCCUGCGUUGGAGGCGGAUGACCAGUCUGCACUGAUAUACCUACUUAUCUCCCAGAAGGAGCGAUGGAUGAAAAUGGUGUCGAUUGAGAGUUCGUAUUGUUUACACGGGUUUUGGGAGAGUUUGGUGGACCGAUACAAGGAGAUGAUGGAGAAGUACCGGCCGGGCUUUGGGGACGAGAGGUGGCCGUUAGUGACACAUUUCGUGGGGUGUCGGACGUGUGGGAGAAAUGGGGAUUACCCGGUGGAGAGGUGCUUGAAGAGCAUGGAGAUGGCUUAUAACUUUGCGGAUAAUCAGGUCUUGAAUCUCUACGGUUUUAGGCAUCGGGGAUUGGUGAGCACUAAUGUUAAGCGGGUUAGAAAUGAGAGUGUUACACCUUUGGCGGAUGUAGAUAAGUUUGGUAUUCGAAAUUCUUUGCGCGGUAAUAAAAGUUGACUAAUUCACCAACUAUUUCAAACCGUCAUGUAAAUUGUAACCGUAGUUUGUCGUUGGAUUUUCAAUC